AUGCACACCAAAGGAAACUCCUGCUGCUGCUCCUUUGAGGACUACAAGCUGACCACCGAGUGGCUGCUGAACCAGACCAGCCACCGGCCCAAGAUCGCCGUCAUCUGUGGCUCCGGCCUCGGCCUGCUGGCCGCCGCCGCCACCGACAAGCAGACCUUCCACUACCAGGACAUCCCCAACUUCCCCGUCAGCACCGUCGCAGGUCACGAGGGCUGCCUGGUGUUCGGGACCAUCGGGGGGAAGUCCUGCGUCUUCAUGCAGGGCCACUUCCACCUGUACGAGGGCUACUCGCUGUGCCAGGUGACCUUCCCGGUGCGUGUCUUCAGGAUGAUGGGUGUGGACACGUUGGUGGUGACGAACGCCUCAGGUGGGAUCUGCCCCGACUUCAAGGUGGGAGACAUCAUGAUCAUCAAAGACCACAUCAACCUGCCGGGCUUCGCCGGGCAGCACCCGCUGUGUGGGCCCAACGACGAGCGGUUUGGGAUCCGGUUCCCCUGCAUGUCUGAUGCGUACUGUAAGGAGUUGCGUCGGCUGGCGUUGGACAUCAGUGUGGAGCUGGGCUGUGAGGGUUUUGUGCGUGAGGGUGUGUACUGCAUGGUGAGCGGGCCCAACUUCGAGACCAUCGCCGAGGCCCGCAUGCUCAUGGUGCUGGGCAGCGACUCUGUCGGCAUGAGCACGGUUCCCGAGGUGACUGUUGCAAAGCAUUGUGGGCUCAGAGUCUUCGGCCUCUCUCUCAUCACCAACAAGGUCUCUCUGGACUACAGCAGGGAGGAGAAGGUGAACCAUGAGGAGGUUCUGCAGAUCAGCAAGAUGAGAGCUGAAGUUCUGCAGAAGGUCGUGACCACGCUGAUCUGCCGCUGCUCGCAGGACCAGAGCAUCAACACACACUGA